ACAAAAACCCUAAAAAACGAACCCAGGGCAAUUUCCAUCAGAUCAAUUAGUUUUCCAAUAAUCAGUUCUCACCAAGCUUCAAAUUCGAUCUUCGUUCCAUCUCAUCUCUUUCGUUUUGCCUAUCACUCUCGCUUUUUGUUCCAAGAAAUCAAGAAAUCUUGUGCGGAAAUACAAUCUUGAGCAGGGGAUAACAAACGAACAGAAGACUCUAGCGAGGAGCAAAAGGCUUGGUCAAGUUGAUUUGCACUCUUGUAGACGAACCAGGGACGAGAUGAGUUAUCGUAGCAAACGAACUAGGAUUGCAGCUCUAAAUGAGUCUCGUAAUGCAUCUGAAGUUCCUCCAAAAAAGGCUCAAAGGGCAGCAACAACACAGUUAGCAUCACAGUCAGCACAUCCACACAAAAAUCAGCCCACUAUCCCAGUUCCCUCGCCCUCACUCAAAAACAAAAGGCCUGCAUCAUCACAGUCAGUCCAUCCACCAAAAAGUCAGCCCACUAUCCCAGUUCCCUUGCCCUCACUCCAAAACAUAAGGCCGGUAUCAUCACAGUCAGUCCAUCCACCAAAAAAUCACCCCACAAUUCCAGUGCCCUCGCCCUCACUCCAAAAUACAAGGGGAACUAACGACAGAUGGGGGCCAUUCAAUCCUCAAAUUACCACUAGCACUCAACGUGGGCCUUCGUCUUCCACUACCACUAGCAACCUUAUUUGGAAAAAGCCACUCACUGUACCAACAACUAGUGAACCUAAGGUUACAUCGAAAGGGCCAUCAAGGUACAACCCUACUCUAGACAAGACUUUUAAGUCACCUAAUAUCCCAACUGAAAAUCCCACAAAAGUCCCACAGUCUAGGCUGUCAGAACCACCCAAGCACCCUUCCACUGUUUCUCUAACUUCUCAGCUACCAUAUGAACUUGCUAAACAGUCCACAUAUUCAAAAUCUGUUGCUUUUGAUGCUAGUAUAUUAGAAGAAACACUUGAUACUCGUACUGGGAGUUCACCAACAACACCCGAGGAUGAAUAUGCAGACCAUAUAAGUGAUGGAAAAGCAACAGCAAAAUCCAAAGAAUCAUGUGAUGGAAAAGAAAAAGAGAUCUUUAAAGGAUCUAGGUCUCGAUGUCAUGAGUCGCUCCCUGAAUGGCUAAGUACAGUUGAGUAUGAUAACAAGGAGCAGGUUUUGACCAUAGAUGCUAAGGGUAAUCAGCAACUAGUUAGCGGGUCUAUUCAACCAAUGGACGUCUGGAACACCAAUGGAAGCAUCAAAUAUGUUGUGCACUUCAAUGAACUAUACCAACCGAUUAGGAAAGGUGGGCAUAUUUUAGUCAGAUUCCUUGGAAGCAUAGCAAAGCAAGAACAAUACUGCCCAGUUUCAGAAAAGACUUGGGGUCAACUGGACAACUAUUAUAAAGUUGAAAUCAUCAAAUUGAUUAGAGACAACUUUGUGAUUCCUGAUGAUACAAAGUAUGAGGACCUAGCUCUCCAACGUGUUGAUAGAGUGUGGAGGCAAUAUAAAUAUGAAAUUAAGAAAAAGUACUUCAAACCGAAUGAGAAAACAAUAGAAGCCAUUAAAAAGGAAGUGCCACCUGGAGUUUCCAAGCAAGACUGGGUGAACUUGGUCAACUAUUGGGAUUCAUCCAAAGGGAAACAAUUUUCUGAGUAUGGAAAAGAGGCACGAGCAUCUCUGAGUCAAUUGCACACUAAUGGUGGUACAAGCUUUGCGAAUACACGUGCUGAUUAUGAAGAUGAACAUGGAGAAGAUAUGAGCCUAAUAGAACUUUGGCUAGCUUGUUAUAAGAAGAAGGAUGGAACCUUUGUCGAUGGCACAUUCACCGAAGACUUUUUGGAUGAUGUUAAGGCAAAGGCUGAAACUUUAAAGCUUCUUUAUCCUCCUGGCUCCAAGUCAAUUAAGGAGAUCGAGAAUGAGGCUUUCGAGGCUACGCUAUAUAAUGGAGAAAUUCCUGAAAAACCACAAGGUUAUGGAUUUGGUGUUCGUAAAGGUGACAUUUAUGGGGUGCGUGGUGCACUCAGAAAAGCAGGGUUUGGUAAAGGAAAAAGGAAGGUAAUAGAAGUGGAUAGCAUCAAUGUCGAGGUAUCAAGCUUGAAGCAAGAGAAUAAGGAACUUCAUAAGAAAAAUGAAGAGAUAAAAGACAAGUGCGAUGAGAAUGCAAAGCUGAUUAGGACAAUGACAUCGUUGUUUUCUCAAGUUUUAGAAUCCAUUCGCAUUGGAGACGCUUCAACACAACUUAUAGACGCUGCACAAACCGCCUUGCGUAUGGCUAACCCUCCGGUCAAGGAUGCAUUUGAAGAUGAUGAUGGUGGAAGAAAAGAAUCUAAGGGAUGAUGCAUAACUCCUUAAACUAUGAAGCUCAUAUGUUGCGUACCCUUUUAUUGCGUUUGUUGUGUUUGGUUGUUAGGGAGUGAUCUGUACUCUUAACAUUUUCUGCUGUUUUGUUGUUUAGAUGCUUUGUUCAAACCUUUUGGUAUUAAAUUUGUGUUUUGGAGAUAUGUAGCUAGCUAAUUUAAUAGUUUGGACAUGUGUAAUUAAACUUAAUUUGAUGAUAUGAUAUGAUUUGGAGCGAGCUAAUACGUAUU